UUCACCCUCAAAUUAAUUGCCAUCAAUCCAUUUUCCCCUCAAAAGUUUGAAAUCGAAGUCGAAAUCGCAAUCAAAAUCCCCAAUUAUUAAUUUGACUCGCCCACCCCAAUUCUUUGCCCUAAUCACACGUGAUUGUGAUGAUGAAUGGCUAUGCACAUCACGUGGAUUCACUCGACGAGAAUUGCUGGACCGAGUUAAUCGAUUACAGCUUCCUCUUGGACGACGCCGUCCCGGCCGCGGACCUUUAUUUGAACCCUCAGCCACCGCCGCAAAAUGCUUGCGUGACGAAUGAUGUGUCGUUUAGUGGAACUACAUCACAUAUCAGUGAUUCUGUGGAAGAGCGAGAAAACCCAAAAAAGAGGGGUCGCAGUCAACAGUGUGGUGGAACAGGAAACAAAGCAUGCCGUGAGAGAAUGAGGAGAGAAAAAUUGAACGACAGGUUUACAGAGUUGUCUGCUACGCUAGAACCUGGGAGACCUGCAAAAACUGACAAACUGGCCAUACUAGGUGAUGCCAUCAGAGUUCUAAACCAGCUAAAAACUGAAUCGGAGGAGUAUAAAGAGAUGAACGAGAAGCUUUUAGAAGAGAUAAAAACUUUGAAGGCUGAGAAAAAUGAACUUCGUGAAGAGAAGUUAGUGCUCAAGACAGAUAAAGAGAGGAUGGAGCAGCAACUGAAAAGCAUGGCUGUUCCUCCUGCCGGUUUCAUGCAUGCACAUCCGCAGGUAUACCCUGCUGCCCCAAAACAGAUGCCAAUGUACCCUGGCUACAGUCUCGUACCAAUGUGGCAGUACCUACCUCCGUCUGCUCGUGACACAUCUCAAGAUCAUGAGCUCAGGCCACCUGCUGCUUGAUUUUGUGUGCGAUGAUGCUCCUUAUAAGCUUGAUCACGCAGUUGAGAAUUUUUCUGCCUGACAUGCUUGUAAAUACAAAAUCAGAAAUGCUCGCGAGUUGAUUUUAUAUUGGUUUUAGAUCUCUUGCUUCUAAUGCUGUUUUGAACAAAUUUUGAGUACUAAAUAAGUUGAAAGAUUUCUUUUUGACGGAAA